AUGUCGUGGCAAGCAUACAUUGACUCAAGCCUUGUCGGCUCUGGCCACAUUGACAAGGGCGCCAUCAUCAGUGCUGCUGGCGACAGCGCCUGGGCUUCUUCUCCUGACCUCCAGCUCAAGCCCGAGGAGAUGAAGGCCAUCUCUGCCAUCGUCGGCGGUGACUCGGCUGCCAAGGACAAGGCUUUCGCUGAAGGUCUCUACAUUGCUGGCGAGCGUUACGUUAUGGCCCGAGCUGAGGACCGGAGUAUCUACGCCCGAUCGGGCCGCCUCGGUGUUGCUGUUGCGAAGACUCGCCAGGCCAUCGUCAUCGGCCACCACGGUGAGGCCCAGGUCGCUGGCAACGCCACCUCUACCGUCGAAGGUCUUGCCGACUACCUCAUCAAGUCAGGAUACUAG